AUGGCUAGCGAUGAGGAAGCGAUCCCCGGGGAGGAAGGCGAUCCUCCCAGCGAGGACCUCUACACGAAGAGAAAGAAAAAAAAAGAACGAAACGAAAGCGUUUACUUUGAUAAGGUACGGAAGAGCGAAUACAUCUGUGUGGAAAUCCCAGGGAGAAUCAAAAAAGGCAGCAGAGGAUUGUCAGCCGUUGAAAGCUUAGGGGGGAUUAAAAAAAUAACAGAAUUAUUUCAUCUCCAGAAUAAUGGACACAGUCAUGAAGAAAAUUUAAUCUUAAGAGUUAACAACAAUGACAUGUUUUCUUCCUUCGUGUCAGCCAAUUCAGCAAAAGUGAACAAUGUAUUAAUUAAAAUUAAAAGGACCAGGAAGAACAUAUACAAAUUUGAAUUCCUGGGGUUUGUUCGAUACAUGUACUACUUUGAUAACAUGAUCGACUUUUACUAUAUCCCCACGUUUUAUAACAGGCGCGAUUACAGCACUAAUUAUAUACAUUACUUAACGAGGGGGGGCCAAGAGAGGGGAAAAAAAAAAAAAAAAAAAAAAAAUCAGCAGAAGAAGAAGCGGCGGAAGAAGAGGUGGACAAAGAGGAAGGAAGAUCGCGUGACGCAUUUAACCAUUUGGAAAAUACCUUUACACAUGGAAGGGGUCAAAACUUCUUCCAGACCACGCUUCCUCCAAGUGGACAACUGCUGGCCGAUAGAGCGAUAG